UCUAAUUCACUUCAUUACUGGCUGCCAGAGGAGGCAUGGCAGAGGAAAAGACUCAGACGGGAGGCUCCUGGGAGGACCUGUCUCAACCCGAUGACUCUCCUGAACCACAUGUGGAGGACAGAGAUGAGCUGAAUGGGGAGCCAGGGGAGGAUGAAUCUACUGCUGCAGAGGAAAACACCAAAGAUCAGCAGGAUAAGAGCAGCCCAGACCUGCUGCAGAUGCUGAAGGCAGCAGAGAGCAGGUGGACGCCUCAGGAUCAGGAUGGAGAUGGACCAGAGGCCCCUAGAGCUGGGACAGACGAGUUGGUUACUGAAGCUCUUAAGACUGACAUGCAAAUACAACUCACUGACCAGAAGCAAGAAUUCAACAAACGCCAAACCAAGACCGGCCGUCGCUCCCUGUCUCGGUCCAUCUCUCAGUCAUCCACAGAUAGCUACAGUUCAGUUUGCAGCGACAGCUCUGAGGAUGAGACAUCUCCAAGAGGAAAGGAUCAGAAAACCUCCAAAGGCCUGACAGAUUUCUGCAUCAAAAACAUCAAACAGGCUGAAUUUGGACGCAAAGAAAUAGAAAUCGCCGAGCAAGGUGCAACAGUCUUCGAAUCAGCGCUCAUGUCUUCAAAAGUGAUGACAAAAUGGAAAAUGCCGGCACUGAUGAUCCUAAAGAAGAGAGCAGGUGGAGAGAAACCUCUAGCUGGAGCCAAAGUGGUCGGAUGUACACAUAUCACUGCACAGACAGCGGUGUUGAUUGAGAGUCUGGUUGCGUUGGGCGCUCAGUGUCGCUGGUCGGCCUGUAACAUCUUCUCCACUCAGAACGCUGUGGCCGCUGCUCUGGCUGAAGCAGGCACCGCAGUGUUCGCGUGGAGAGGAGAAUCAGAGGACGACUUCUGGUGGUGUAUUGACAAAUGUGUUGGAGCUCGAUCCUGGCAGCCCAACAUGAUUUUGGAUGAUGGCGGCGACUUGACCCAUUGGAUCUAUAAAAAGUAUCCGAGCAUAUUCAAGAGGAUCAGAGGCAUCGUGGAGGAGAGCGUUACAGGCGUCUAUCGGCUGUAUCAGCUGUCGAAGGCCAGCAGACUGUGUGUUCCUGCUAUGAACGUUAAUGACUCUGUGACGAAGCAGAAAUUUGACAACCUUUACUGCUGCAAGGAGUCCAUACUGGAUGGAUUGAAGCGAACCACUGACGUCAUGUUUGGAGGAAAACAAGUGGUGGUGUGUGGAUACGGUGAGGUUGGCAAAGGUUGCUGCGCUGCCCUGAAAGCAUUGGGUGCUGUUGUAUAUGUAACAGAAGUGGAUCCCAUUUGUGCCCUUCAGGCCUGCAUGGAUGGCUUCAGAGUGACUAAACUCAGCGAAACGAUCAGACACAUAGACAUGGUCGUCACCUGCACAGGUAAUAAAAAUGUGGUGGGGAGAGAGCAUCUGGACAAAAUGAAGAAUGGCUGCAUCGUCUGCAACAUGGGACACUCCAACACUGAGAUAGAUUUGGCGAGUUUGCGGACCACGGAGCUGAAGUGGGAGCAUGUGAGGCCUCAGGUGGACCACAUCAUCUGGCCUGAUGGCAAGAGAAUCGUCCUGCUGGCUGAGGGCCGCCUGCUGAAUCUGAGCUGCUCCACUGUGCCCUCAUUUGUCCUCUCUAUCACGGCCACUACUCAGGCCUUGGCUCUCAUCGAGCUGUUCAACGCUCCAGAGGGAAGAUACAAGCAGGACGUCUACCUGCUGCCAAAGAAGAUGGAUGAAUAUGUGGCCAGUCUUCACCUGGCGACGUUUGACGCUCACCUCACAGAGCUGACUGACGAUCAGGCCAAGUAUCUGGGCAUCAGCAAACACGGACCCUUCAAACCCAACUACUACAGGUAUUAAGCUCUUCAGAAAGCCCACUGGCAGUCCUGCAGAUGGAGCUCUGACGCCCUCUACAGCCUGAAGCUCACCGAAUAUUGUGGAGUGACUGCAGGCUUGUAUUUUUGUUAGGGUCAAUAUAUAAUUGCGGGACUUUUUGUAACAUAGAUUACAGUUAUCAUAGUUGAGAUUUUUGCUGUUUUCAGGUCUAAAAUCUACAUGGCCGCCUGUAACCAAACACCACAUGGCAUUUUUACAGAAAGAUUCUUCUAAAUAUUAUAUAUACAAUUGAGUAAAAUUGAAAGCUAUUCAUAAAGAAAUUGUACUAAACCUGUUGACUACUUCAUAUUAACUCAGAAAGCCUUGGAAUCUGGCCAGUCUUUUCUUCAGGAGGAAAUGACAUCAUGUGGAGCAGGUCAUGUGAUCUGGAAUUAACACACUUCCUGGAGAGGUGUUUUUGUACCGGAGAACUUAGUUCAAAGUGAUUUCUUGGACACAGAUAAAACUUAUUUUCCAUGUAAAAUUUGAUAUAUUGCCAAAAAAGAAAUAUCUGUCAUGAUUAUCUCAACUUAAUAAAAAGAACACAAUCAAAACUGUUUCUGAA